AUGUUAGAAAAGUUAAUAUGCACUGCACUCAACCAUGCGAUGCUGCAACUCGACUGGGACGAUAAAGGCAUCAACGUCGACGGAAAGAAGCUAUCUAACCUACGAUUCGCAGACGACAUUGUCCUUAUCAGUCAAAACUCAGCAGAGCUACAGCGGAUGGUGGAGGAACUGAACAACGUCGGCAAAGCUAUUGGCCUCACGAUGAACCGGAGCAAGACCGAGGUCAUGCGCAACGAGUGGGCAGAUGCGUCACCCAUCAUACUCGAAGGCACUGCUCUACCGGAUACCGACCGUUACGUUUACCUUGGCCGACUCAUUUCCAUGGACAACAAUUUGCGCGAAGAAUUAUGA